AGAGAAGAAAGAAAGAAACACGAAAUCAUAGUCUAUUGCGAAAGGAAAGACUGGACGAUUGAACUGACAAAUUAUUCCGCCAUGCUGCCAAGAUGGCCUACCGGGAUCACAGGCGAGUCGAAGAGGUGUCUAACCCGUUUCCAGCACACUCGCGGCCAUCAUUGCUUGUAUCCAACGUUCGCACCCACAUGGGGUGGCCUAGGGGCCGGGGGGCAGCGACUCCAAUCUCGAAGCCGAAUGUCGAGGCACUUCUCAAACCGCUUAGUAGCAGGUCAUCUUUCCCGAUUUGGGAGCAUUUCCGGAGAAAUAAAAACUCUCCUCGACAGUAUGACGGUGGGGAUACGUGCCGCGGUGUUCCUCGUUGCUUCGGCCCCGGACGAGAGAAGAUUCCGAAGAAGACGAAGAGCGUCUACAGGAGCUCAAGAGUCAUCCGAUACAAUAUGAUGCCUCGAGUACCACAGCUACCCCGAGACCCUGAUCAAGAUGCGCGAGAAUCCACCGCGGCACCACGUUCGUCGCGCCGUCUAUUGCAGCCCGGCUUUGAGGUUCCUCCAUGCCAUGCCGGGAGGUGAGGCGGCUUUCGUCCCACCGCUGCAGUUUGGUUCGUAUCGCCAGCCUCGCGUGUGCACCUGGGUUACUCGUACCCGAUCCCAUCCCACCAGAGAACGCGCAACCUCAGCACCGAUUGGGCUUCCUGCCGCAACGCAUGCGCGAUGCUGCGCCGGAUCCAGCUAGUCCCCUCUUGUUCUGAGGGGUCACCAAGCUUACAUAGUACUACCGUAAACACUGGCUAAAUUUGACCACCUCCACUUUGCAAGCUAACGGCAACGAGUAUCGCCGCCGCUGACU